AUGCAGGAUGCACGCAGGACUCUGUUGGUUCCUCAUUGUGGUAGUGUGCAGUGUGGGCCAGCGGUCGUCUCAAUUCGUCUCCUUUUCCUGCCUCCACAGCAACAGCAGUGUCCUCUCACAGAGCCCGUUGGAAUCCUGCAACCAAGGCAAAAGGCCAGGGGCGCCCCUAUGAUGUCGAUCUGCGCGGUCGAACGGUCCUGCGUGGCUGGAAGCUUCUGCAGCGAUACGAACCUUGGAGGCGGGUCAUAUCGACUUCUUCGGCCUGUGGCGAGCUCGGCUGCGGACGGAGAACCUUCUCUCAGACCCCGGUCCUCAGCUGGCGGUGCUAGGGUUGGUGAGCGGUGUGACACCCACCAUCGGUGCGAGGCAGGAUAUCGCGUGGCUCACCGGGGCAUCGAUGCUUGA